CGUGCGCGUGUGUGUCUAGACGCUGGAGGACCCGGAUGUGAUUCCGCCGAGCAAUGGAGGCUGAGCGGAUCCGGGCUCCGUCCCACAUGUAAACAACACAUUAAGCGCUCUCCUUUGUUUAAGAGAAGCAAAACCAGCCGCGAUCAGGAGCAUGAGAUUAUCGCACAAGAAUCGACUCAUCUGAGCACCAAAAUGUCGAUGGAAGACCCGUUUUUCGUGGUGAAAGGAGAGGUGCAGAAGGCUGUGAACACAGCUCAGGGGCUCCAUCAGAGAUGGAUGGAGCUGCUACAGGACCCGGGUGGAGCCAGCAAGGAGGAGGUGGACUGGACCACCAAUGAGCUGAGGAACAGUUUGAGGUCCAUUGAAUGGGACUUGGAGGACUUGGACGAGACUAUCAGUAUUGUGGAGGCUAAUCCAAAGAAGUUCAAUCUCGAUGCGAUGGAGCUGGCCAAGAGGAAAGCCUUCAUCACUAGCACAAGGCAAACAGUCCGGGAGAUGAAAGACCACAUGUCUAGUCCGAUGGCAGUUACGGUGUCCGAGAGGAAAAAUCGACAGACUUUAAUGGGUCAUGGUGGGUCUCGUGGCCCAAUCUGGCAACCCAGUGCUGAUAAGUACACCAGACUAGACCGGGAGCUGCAGACGGCAAACUCACAGUUCAUCGAGGAACAACAGACCCAGCAACAUCUCAUAGCAGAACAGCAGGAUGAGCAGCUGGAGUUGGUGUCGGGAACUAUUGGUGUCUUGAAGAACAUGUCUCAAAGGAUCGGCCAAGAGCUGGAUGAGCAAGCUGUAAUGCUGGAUGAUUUUUCACAUGAGAUGGACAGCACUCAAUCCAGACUGGAUAACGUCAUGAAGAAGCUGGCUAAAGUGUCUCACAUGACCAGCGAUCGGCGACAGUGGUGUGCUAUCGGCAUACUUCUGGCCAUCCUGUUUGUCGUGAUCAUCCUCUUCAUUGUUCUGUGAACAGCACUCCUCCGUCCUCUGCCACUACAGCGCUCCCUCCUGCGAACGGUCGCUCCAGCGAAGGAGCUUUGGAGACAAACAAACCCUUUCUCCAUCUUUAGUCCAUGAUACAGUACAACGCUGCUGCUUCGUAACCUUUUUGCUUUCUUACAAACAACCCAGACUGAAAACAAAUGGGUAACAUGGCGUGUAAAAACAAGGGCUGUUUUUUCGCAAGCACAUUUUCAGUUUGGCGAUAAUACAGUCUGAAUCAUUUCGUACAAGUUGUGUCGUAAUCCAAGGUAAAUCAUUUCUUUCCAAUGGACCAUGAUUUUUAAUGCUUAAAGGGAUAUUUCGUCUAAAAAUGAAAUUACCCCAUGAUUUACUCACCCUCAAGUCAUUCUAGAUGUAUAUGACUUUCUUCUUUCAGACGAAUACAAUUGGAGUUAUAUUAAAAAAUGUCCUGGCCCCUCCAAGCUUGAGGGUCUUGAGGGUGAGUAAAUCAUGGGGUCAUUUUCAUUUUUGAGUGAACUAUCUCUUUAAACAGCUGAAAGAAUCAAGUGCUACUAGAAAAUAUUGCUGAGGUUAUUUCCUGUGCACUGCUUUAAUAGUCGGUUUAGACCACUGUUAAUUAAUCAACACUAACUAACUACUAAUGUACUAAACACUGGAGUUUAACAAACCAGACACUGUUUAAGCGGGUAUGUUGCUGAUCAUACUAAUGCGAAUGAGUUAUUUACUGUCAAAGUGUUUAUUUCUGUGUGCUUUGUUUAGUUUUUUUUACUUCUGAGUUAUCGAUAAUCGGUUACUAGUGAGAUUUAUUCACGCACUGCGGUUGAACUGAAUGGAAUUGUGUUUUUAAUGGAAACGUUGAUGUUAAACUCUCUGGAUAACUGCCUGAAAGUCUUUAAAUAAUAGGUUAACAGUUCAAAUAUUAACAAAAAAAAUUGAGCUUUAGUCAGCAUUAAAUAUGUGAAUUGCGUGACAAUUGGUUAUUAAUCUGUGAACUAUAUCUUGGUUAUAGGUCACUGUUUAGCCAGUGCCUUAGCACAGAUGAGGGUGAAGUUACAUUUCAUUUUAGAAAGCCAGGCACUUGUGACAAAACGUUAGAUUGCGUUUCACAUUCUUAAACUGCUCAGCGAGGAUGUUCGUCCAGUAUUUAGAAUAUAUAUUUACACAAACCGACGGUUUGCGCUAUAUUUCCACUGCUAACUCAAAUGGAAACAUAUAAAGCAGCAGUCGCUAAAAUGAAAAUCAUCGUAUAUAACACUACAUAUUCUGUGAUAAACAUGAGUACAUUUAUCUUACUGGAUAUUUGUAUUGUUUUUGUUUUGUUUGUGUUGUUUUAAUAAUCUCUUGGGUAAAUCACACAUAGAAAUUAUGUAUUUCACCCCAAAAUUGUGUUCUGCGUAUAAAACGAAGCCUUUUUUCCUGCAUUAUUAUAGGCUGCAACAUUAUUUCCAUGCCAGUUAAUGUGAAGAAUCAUGAUUUUUAUGUAAUAUAGUAAUAAAACUUAUCUUGUCUGGGCUUAAUUAUUUUAAAUAAAUAACAAAUUCAAUUUAAUUUAAAAUCAAUUAAAUUUAAUACAUUAAAUAUUACUUACUUUUAUUGUAAUUUAAUAUAUAUAUAUAUAUAUAUAUAUUUCACAUUACAGUAAAGAGGAUUAAUAAAAUGUGCCCAAUCAUGCAAAUAAUGUCAUAAUGCAAAAAAAGUCUGAUCCUAAAAAUAUAUAUAUGUAUUUUUAAUGUGAACUAUGGACAUUUUUGACAGACUUGGUGUGAUUUACCCUUCUACAUGUUCCAGCUUUCUGUUUUUGAGCAAUCACAUAAUUUGUUUUUCAUAAUCAUGAGGACAAAUACAGGGAAUUUGCAGUGUUUUAGUUUACUGUUUAGACAUUUCCAUCAGGCCCAUAUAAUAGUGUUCAGCUGAUUCUGACUGCCCUCGGUCACAUGAUGCAGUAGGUCAGCUCUGAUUGGUUCGCAGUAUGACUGAAUCGAUUAUGCAAUUUUACGAUACAAAUAAAAUGAUACAAUUGCACAAUUACGUCACUGUUGUUGAGUCGCAGUGACGGAGCAGAGAGAUCAAGGUAGUGAACAGGCUCAUAAACGCUGUUCUUCCUGACUGUGUGAACUUCAGUUGUACAUGUUCGUUUGUUUGCUCCUGAAGAGAAUGAUAGAAAUUUGUAUUUUUUUUUAGCCCUCAUUGUUUCUCCUCGUCCCUCAGAAAACUAUGUCAUACCUCCCCAUGUACCCACAAUCCCUCAGUUUAUCACUGUGUGAAGCUCUGAGCCCCAUUAAAAACAAGUCAUUGAAAAA